UCCGUGAAUGUGCCAUGAAGAUAAACAGACGCACGGCAUGGAGACGGUGGUUCAGGUUAUCAACGCUACGGAUUAUUGAGCUAAAUACACAUGUAUUUAAAGGAAAACCUGCACUGUAGGCUGUAUUUAUUGUGUCUGUAAGACUCUACGGGUCUCUAGUCACUCACUUUCAUAAACACACGCUAUCAGGAUGGUGUCGUACAAGCGGCUGAACCCUGAAGAUGUCCAGUUCUCCAAUGCAGUUUUGUCAGAAGAGCCUCGUCCUGUCCAUGAAGAAGUCCCAGUGCCGGAGCCAGAGGAAGCCUCCUUGCUUCCACGGACGCCGCCAUGCUCCGUCACCACCGGCCUCCUGGUGACCGGCUGCGUGUUGCUGCUCCUCUGUGGCGGCUGGCUACUGGGCACCAUGUUCUGGCUGCACCGUCCAACCAACCAGCAGCCACACAGACCCCCGUCACCGGCCCCCGCAAAAACACCAGACUCUCAAUUACAGACAGGAGUAAAUGACACUGCAGCUGCUUCCCGCCGCAAGGUUUGCAGUUUAAUCCCGGAGGCGUGGAGGUUUGACUGCUACCCUGAAAGAGGGGUGGUUGUGACCCGAGAGCAGUGCGAGGCGAGGAACUGUUGUUUUAUCCCUGCGUCCUCUCCCUCCUCCUCUGCCACCCGCCCGUCAGGGAGAAAUGGUAUCCCCUGGUGUUUCUAUCCUCAGGAUUUUCCUUCCUACUCGCUUGUGUCAAUAAACGACACAUCGCUGGGACAGAAAGGCACGCUCGUAAGGGAGGUGAAGACCUACUACCCAGCAGAUAUCCUCACUCUGGAGGUGGAGAUACGUCAUGAGACAGACACACGGCUACGUGUCAGGAUCACCGACCCCUCUGAUUCACGGUUCGAGGUUCCGAUCUCUGUUCCCGCUGCCACCAAGAAGGCAGAAAGUCCAGAUUACAUCGUAGAGCUUUCAAAGGAGCCGUUUGGUCUCAUCGUGAAGAGGAGGUCUACAGGAACAGUGCUUCUGAACACCACAGUGGCUCCUCUCUUCUAUGCGGAUCAGUUUCUCCAGUUAUCCACCUCCCUGCAGAGUCAGUUCAUUUACGGCCUGGGCGAGCACCGCUCCACCUUCCUGCAUGACGUCCACUGGAACACGCUCACCAUGUGGGCCAGAGAUGUGCCUCCUACGGAACAGACAAACCUAUAUGGAGCGCAUCCAUUUUACCUGGCAAUGGAGGACGGAGGGAACGCACACGGCUUCUUCCUGCUGAACAGCAAUGCAAUGGAUGUGAUCCUCCAGCCUGCCCCGGCCCUCACCUGGCGAACUAUUGGAGGAAUCCUUGACUUCUACGUUUUCCUUGGUCCUGAUCCUGCUUCAGUGAUUGAACAGUAUGUGGAAGUCAUAGGCUACCCAGCGAUGCCCAUCUACUGGGCUUUAGGCUACCAUCUCUGUCGCUGGGGUUACUACACCAGCAAUUCUACCUGGGAAGUUGUCAAGAGCUUGAGGAAUUAUGGGAUACCUCAGGACGUCCAGUGGAACGACAUCGACUACAUGGACCAAUUUCUGGACUUCACUUUUGACUCAACAAAGUUUGGCACGCUGCCUGAUCUGGUCAAGGACCUGCACGAUCAUGACCAGCGCUACGUCAUGAUCCUGGAUCCAGGCAUCAGCAGCUCGCAGUCUGAGGGCUCAUACUGGCCGUACGAUGAAGGGCUGAGGAGGGACGUUUUUAUUAAAGACGCCGAAGGAAAAACACUCAUUGGGAAGGUGUGGCCGGGUCUGACAGCAUAUCCUGAUUUCUCUGAUGAUGUGACACACGAGUGGUGGUACGAGAACCUCCAGAGGUUCCACGAGAAGGUGCAUUUUGAUGGAUUAUGGAUUGACAUGAAUGAGCCGUCAAAUUUCCUGGAUGGGUCGACCAACGGCUGUCCAUCAAACAGUCUUGAAAAUCCUCCAUACACACCUGGAGUACUAGGAGGUUUGCUUAGAGCUAAAACUGUGUGUGCUACUGCAAAGCAGAAGCAGUCCAUACACUAUAACAUGCACAGUCUCUAUGGACUCAUGGAAGCAAAGGCGUCUGCAAGCGCUCUGAAGAGGAUCGUAGCAAAGAGACCUUUUGUAAUCUCUCGCUCCACCUUCCCCAGUCAUGGGAUGUACUCUGGUCACUGGCUUGGAGACAACAGGAGCCAGUGGAAAGACCUGUACACUUCUAUAGCAGGUAUCUUGACCUUUAACCUUCUGGGCAUCCCGUUGGUGGGAGCAGACAUCUGUGGCUUCAGUGAGGAGCCCGAGGAGGAGCUAUGUGUCCGCUGGACGCAGCUGGGAGCAUUCUAUCCCUUCACACGCAACCACAACGCCAUCGACAUGAAGCCUCAAGACCCGACAGCAUUCAGCCCUCUGGCCCGUACAGCCAUGAAACAGGCUCUGCUGCUGCGUUAUUCUCUCUUCCCCGUCCUCUACACUCUCUUCCAUCAUGCACACGUACACGGACACACUGUCGCACGGCCGAUUCUGUUUGAGUUCCCAAAAGAUGUAAGAACCUAUGGCAUUGACAAACAGUUCCUGUGGGGGAAGAGUUUAUUGGUGACGCCAGUGUUGGAUCCUGGAGUCGACUAUGUGGAUGGUUACUUCCCAGAGGGUCUGUGGUAUGACUACUACACGGGUGACUCUAUGCACAGUAAGGGGGAAGACCUUCGACUCCAUGCACCUCUUGAUAAGAUCAACCUGCAUUUGCGUGAGGGCUCCAUUACACCAACACAGGCGCCCAACCUGACGCUGUGGGUGAGCACAGGCCAGCCUCUCCACCUGGUCUCUGCGCUCUCUGACGAUGGUUCAGCCAGCGGAGAUCUGUUCUGGGACGACGGAGAGAGCAUCGACACCUACGAGAACAACCUGUACUCCUACAUCAUCUUCAACGUCACUCAGAACGUGAUGACAUCACAGGUGCUCCAUAGCCACGGGGAGGCCACAUACAUCAUCGUGGAGACGGCCUCCUUCUACGGGGUGAAGCAGAAGCCGAGCAGAGUGCUGGUGAACUCCCAUGAUGCAACGUUCACCUACAGAGCCAACCAGGUGUUAACAGUUGCAGAUCUUGGUCUCAAACUCAGUCAGAACUUCACCAUCAGCUGGAUGUAAUCAAUCACGUUUUUUAAUCGUUGGAUUUAUUUUCUGUUGGCUAUUAAAGUCAGAAGCUGGCACACGGUGCAGUCUAUAUAUUUUAGGACAGUGAUGUUUUGGCUCUGUACUCCAGAACAUUGGGGGUAAAAGGGAACAAUAACUGAGGUUAAAGUGCUAAUUUCACAUUUGUGAACAGUGUACGACUCGUAGACCUUUUUACGCUCGAGGGCUCUGCAUAAAAAAAGUGCCAAAAUUCCAAACUGUCCAUCCGAUGUGGUUGCAAACACCCUCAAAUUAAAGCUGAGAGUCAGCACUUUAACCUCAUAGUCAUUGUUGUAUUUCAUAUCUGAUGUGCCGGAGUACAGAGACAAAACAAGCUGAAGAUGAACAAAUGAACAGGUUUGUGUUAAACAUAUUUAUAGUAGGACGUUUAAAAAAUGGACAUGUAGGCUUAUGAAACAACAACACGCAACCACUGACCUACGCUAGUCUGGACACUGCUUUAAAUAACUGUGUGGAAAAUCUAAUUUAACGCCUGAUAACUUGGCUUGGUACCUUUUUAGUUUCAUCUUUAUUCAAGAUCAAAUCUGCAUUUUGUGAUUCUCAUCAGCAGAAGGAUUAUGUGCAAUAAGUGAAAAAGAGGACGAUCUACCUUUCUACAAAUGUCUGAAAAUAGUUCAUGAUGUAAUAUGUUGUAUGUGCUUUAAUGCUGUUUACAACUUAUUUUUGCACUAAUUAUUCCUGCAGUGUUAUAAAGGUAGAUACAGGUGCCUUAUGAUUCCUGUUUGUGUGUUUGUGAGCAUCUCUGGGUUUGAUCCAGAUGAUCCUUUUGUUCAGCUUUAUAUUUGUAAGCCUAAAUGCUUUUAUGACCAUAGCACUGCUAUGCACGAUGAUUCCUUUAAUGCAUACGUGUUCUGCAGUAAUUUGACUGUGAAUUUUCAGUUUUUCUGUCACCUCUGAUGGCAGAAUGCAACUAAAGUAUCCUAACCUAAAUGUAAAAAAUACAUUUCUGGAGCUUGUUGAGUGUUUUCAAAAUCAACAAAGUUAAUUCUGCUUAAAUUUGACCGUGGCGCUGUGAAAAUCUGAUUUGAAUUUAUAGUCACAGAUCACCAGCUGUGAAAAUCUUGCACCUUUUCAAAGCAAAUCAUCAGUGCAUGUGUGCAGUAAAGCAAACUACGCAAAAAUAUUUGUAAGCAUGUAAAGACACCGAUACAGAGUAUAUUUUAAUGUCAUUUGUGUUUACUGAAAUUGUGACAAAAAAAAUGCAGUAUUUUAUCAUUAAUUCUUGUGUUUAAUUUUUGUGUAAUUGCUUGAAUUUAAUUAUAUGAACAAUAUGAAAACUACUGGAGCUCUACUGGAUCUUUUUUUUUCUAUUUUAUGACAGAAAUAUUUUGGGGCAACAACAGGUAAAGAAAAAAGAAAGUGAAUUGUCUUGACCCCAAGAUAUUUAAAGAUUCAAGGCAAAGAAACUGCAUGUUUUUUUUUUUACAUUACAAAUGUAUAAUUUUGAGCCCUCUUGUGAUUAACAGAUUUAAUUUGAAUAAAAAAAUAAUU